AUGAAAGUAUCUGUUCCACUAUUUGUCACUUUGGUUUCAAUCGCCAAUGCGGCAGAUGUCAAGAAUGACAAGAGAAACAUUUUUGAAGAUAUAGUCAAUGUCUUUAGUGGACCAACAACAUCGGCCCCGCCAGCCGCUCAAGCAGCACCAGCAGCAGAAACAGCUUCAAGUGUGGCUUCAAGUGUGGCCUCAAGUGUGACUUCGGCUGUGGCCGCCGCCGCUUCAUCGCCAGUUCCGCUGGUUGCUAUUCUUUCACAAUCCGCGCCAACUGCCAACCCCUCCAGUGCCACGGCUCAGUCGUCUUCUCGGACACCAGGAACAGCUGCAGCUGCAGCUUCGCCAAGUCCAAGUAGCUCGCCAUCCACAUCUGCUCAGGCGCCGCUGUCGCUGUCGCUGUCGCAAACUUCAAGUUCAGCAGAUUACCUUUCUCAAUUCUUGAGCGGUAUUUUCCCAGGAAAGUCAUCUUCAUCCACACAACCACUGUCUACUUCUUCUUCCCAACCAGAUGACGACGACGAAGAGUGUGAAGACCCAACAACAAGUCCCGUAACCUCAACUUCAAAAGUCGCCACAACGAGUCCAACAGGAACAACACCCACGACAACGGGCGGAAAUUUCUUGAGCUCGUUGCUCAAUCCUCCCACCCAAUCGUCAAUCAAAACGACAACUAGUUCUCAACCGGGCAACGGCACUCAACCUCAAAGCUCGUCAACCACCACGUCUCUCGGUAACUGGUUGAGUUCCUUGCUUGGCGGCACAACCACCACAUCCACCCAUUCAGCCAGUUCCAGUCAAAACGAUGACGAUGAUGACGAGGAUUGCCUGGAUGGGCCCGUGAUUCCAACCCUAACUCCAACCACCACCAGCAGGGCCACUUACCAGCCCACCGGAACAACGACUAAACCACCUAGUCUCUCUCUUUCCAGCACAACUUCAAAUGGAGGAAACUGGUUGAGUUCAUUAUUGGGAGAAGACACCACUUCGCCAUCUUCCAAACCGCCAGGAUCUACCACAAAGCCAACUUUGACGGUAUCAAACACCACUUCCACUGAAAACUGGCUCAGCUCCCUCCUCGGCACAACAAAAGCAACAACAACAGCAACUACUCCUAUUCAUUCGAGUACAAGUGGAUACGACGACGACGACGACGGUGAAGACUGCACAACCGAACCAGUUAUUCCUAGUUGGCCCACGACCGCAGCAACAACCACGACAAAGGUGGGCACGUCGCAGCCAGGCGGAGGUGUUGUAACAACAUCUACUAGACCCACGUUGUCUCCUACAACUGCAUCAAGCUUCUCCAAUAGUGGCGAUUUCUUUAGUUCCUUAUUUGGAACAGACUACACUUCCAAGCCGGCAACAACCACGACAAAGGUGGGCACGUCGCAGCCAGGCGGAGGUGUUGUAACAACAUCUACUAGAUCCACGUUGUCUCCUACAACUGCAUCCAGCUUCUCCAAUAGUGGCGAUUUGUUUAGUUCCUUAUUUGGAACAGACUACACUUCCAAACCGGCAACAACAACAACGGCAACGACCAAGUACACAAACAGUGACGAUUUGUUCAGCACGUUAUUUGGAACCGCCACAUCAAGCCGUAGCGUUGUUGAUGAUGACGACGACGAAGGCGAUUGCGAAACGGAAAUUAGUCCACCAGUUGCAACCAGACCAAAUACUGCUGGCCAAGCCACGACUGUUGCUGUCACAACCACAAUUGCUGGUCAGGUAACAACAGCUACCGUCGCUACAAAUGCCCCUCCACAGAUUCAAACAAAGACCGUUUUGAUCACCUACACGGGAGCCGGUCAGACUUUUACCACGCUGGUGACUCAGCAACCUCAAGAAGUUACAAAGACCAACAUCUACACGGUCACCACCUAUGUUCCAACCACUACUGUUGCAGCCGGAGGAGGCAUUCGCACAGUCACCGUUACAGUCAUUGUCACUCAAACGGUGUAUCCUUAUGGUUAUGGCACCUCGACACCCGGUGGUUCUUCAUCGGGAGGGUCACCAGCGCCUCCAAGCUCAAACGAUGAUGACGGCUGGGAGUGGAUUGAGGAAGAUGAUGAUGAUUGCUCUACUACUACUGCUGCUGCUGGUGCUGCCUUGCCUACAGCUGGUGGAGGAUCUUCUGGCUGGGGUUCAUCAGGUUCAUCAGGCUCAUCAGGUUCAUCAGGUUCAUCAGGUUCAUCAGGUUCAUCAGGUUCAUCAGGUUCAUCAGGUUCAUCAGGCUCGUCACCAGGUUGGUCGUCAGGCUCAUCAGGCUCGUCAGGUUCGUCAGGCUCAUCACCAGGUUGGUCACCAGGCUCUUCAGGCUCCUCGGGCUCCUCGGGCUCAUCAUCAGGUUGGUCACCAGGCUCUUCAGGCUCCUCGGGCUCAUCAGGCUCUUCAGGCUCAUCAGGCUCAUCAGGUUCCAGCUCCAGCUCAUCAGGCUCCUUCAGUUGGUGGGAUUGGUUGGCCAACUUGUUUGGUUGGAACACUUCAAGCAGCUCAGGAAACUCCGGCACUUCGACUCCCAUAGCUUCAAGCAGCUCUCCAAAAGCCACAACCACCGUGGGUAACCUUGGUGACGGCUCAACAGGCUCACUUUGGGGAACUCAUCCAACAGACAUUGUUUGUCCAGGUGAAGAAGGCUACGACAGCGAAGACGACGACGAGCCAUACAGCUCAGUUGCACCACACAGCUCAAGUGGCUCCUAUACUACUGAUGAUUGCGAUGAAGCAGACGAAAACGACGACGAUGGUGACGACUUUAUCUCUAGCUCUUCCACUUUACACUGGGCUUUAAACACAACCACAAGCACCACAUCGCACACUUCCAGUCGACCAUAUUCAAACAUUUCCUCCACGGCAACCACUGGAAGUCCACUUUUCAGAAACGUGCAAGUGGCAGCGCCAUCACAAAGCAGUUUGAUCACCUUCACUUCAUCGACGCCAGCGAGCGCUACUGCUUUCGUUGAACGAGCAGUAAACGCAGCCAACAGUGUGACAAGAGGCGGCGACAUUAGUACUUUCUUACUUGCAACGCUUUCAAUUUUGGGAUUCUUGUUUAUAUGA